UCUCGGAGUAAAAUAACAGGAAUAUCCCUGGGAAUUUCAACCUGGAGAUGGUGGGAGUCGACUGCAGGGUAUAUUAAGCGCACAGUUUGGUCUCCAUGCUCACCAUUUCCAGCUAGACGAGACAAGAGGGAGAGGAAGGACGAAGACACAGAAGACCUACAUUUUCCAAGGACUCCAAGCAUGGCUGCUCUGAAAACCGCUCUCUUCUUGACACUUCUCCUGGCUCUCUUCUACCAACAGGUUGCAGCCAUGUGUCCCAGCUGCCCCAAGGAGUGUUGCUUUGCCGUCCGGAAAGGGAGACCCCUCCGUGCCAACAUCAUGGCUUCUUACUAUAGGACCACCAGCGACUGCUACUUAAACGCUCUCGUGCUUGUUUUGAAGAACGGCAAACGCAUCUGCGUCAACCCCGAAAGCCCUUGGGUGAAAGGAGUCAUUGGGAAGUUGCCGGAGAAGAAAUGAGAAGAGCUUCGGAGAGAUCGGAAUGAAUGCAUUUCCCGAUUGAUGGAAGAUGCUCAAUGACUCCUACCCUUCAACCAGCUUCUUAGCAUCGGUUUUUAGAUCCGAAACAAGAGCCAAUGUUUCCCAAACUGUGGAUUCCCCGAUGUUUUGGACUAUAGGUUCCAGACUCCUAUAAAUCAAUGCAGCGGAUGCUUCCGACUAGAUUUUGGGUUUAAUUGAUUCAGGCAUGAAUGUCACCUGCUUUCUGUCCCAUAUAGAGAAGAAACAUAAGAUUAAAGAAUCAUGAUUGAAUGACA